AUGAGCGAUAGCAGCAGAACCAGCGGAAACCGCAGUAGCAGUAGUGAAGAUGAACCUUCAGAUGACAGCAAUCCUAGGGAUAACGUAAAUUCAGUGAGCAGCAGCAUCAGCAGCUGCAGCGAGGAUGGGAGCAGCAGCUGCUGCAGGCCUUCACCAAUAUCCAACAUCCCGGAUGUUCUCGUAGCCUCUAUUUUGCGUUUUUUGCCACAACACGAGAGAAUUAAGGUAGGAUCUGUCGUGUGCCGAAGAUGGCUCGGUUUGGUCAGAAGUUGCCUAUGUCAAUCAGACACAACCCUUCGUAUAUACCCUCCUGUCUUCCGACAUCUGCCGCCGGAAGCAGUACGGGCCUACAUCAGUGCCAUUGCGAUUUACAGCCGACACGCGAAGUUAGUGAUAGGAUACGUAAUCCCUAUGGAUGUUGAAAACGAAGAAUAUCCUGAAUUUUUAUUCCUUCGGUCGUUGUUCCGGGAGCUCUCCGAUGUUCGAUCCAUCAGCAUAUCUCUUGGGUGUCCGCUAACUGCAAGGAUGCUGGGGGACGCGUUUGCUGGCGUGGUGCAGCGCAGCGCAAAAACACUGACGUCUCUGGAAAUAUGGGAAGCUGAGCUGGCCGAUGCUACUCUGACAGCUCUUGCAGCAAUGCCGUCUUAUUGGAAAUCUUGCAUCCAGCAAACGAAGGAUUUGGGGGACGCAUAUAUCUCCACAGCUCAGGCACUUGAGGCCGCUGUAGGCUCUCACUUACUGCGCAGGGACCCGAGCCUGCCGAUAGAACGGCCCCAGAGGGAUCCUCAACCGUGCGGUAUGCUGGUAGCAAUGGCGCAGGUGUUGCGAGAACGCUUGGGAUGCGGCCCUUCACAAACCACUUUUUCCAUAUCAGAGGGUGCGGCAGAUACUAGCAGGCUGCUGGAGCAAUCGCAGCAACGGCAGCAGCAGCAGCAACGGGAUUUGCACAUGGUGACCUCAGAACACAGGCGGUAUCGAAAUAGGAGUAGUAUGCAAGACAGCGAAUGCAUGGCCCUCCCAUGUAGCUUGGAUAUUGCGAAGGGCAGCUGCGAAGGACCCCAUAAAGGGGAGCUUCGCCGCAGAAUCGCAGACAUAAAAAAUUGCUGCUGUUGCAUUACUGCUGCAGAAACUGCGUUGAGAAUUUGGCACAAAUUUGAAGGCGUGCGUCUAGUAUUACCACGGCUUAGGACCCUCGCCACUGGAAGCUGGCGGUUGCUGAAGGUGAUACAUUGCCCCAACCUGGUGGAGCUAAAUCUCACGACCAACACGGCGUCUCCCCACAGGGAUGCUCCGGCUCGACAGCAACAGCAACGACAACGACAGCAGCACCAGCAACCUUUUCGGCAGCACCAACCACAGCAGGGACACACCGACUACACUCAUCUGACGAUGGCUCUACAAGAGUGGGCUGAUCGCAUAUCGGGGUCUGGCGGGCAUCGGACAGUAUCUUCAUCGGCAGGAAAUUCCGAGGCUGCGCUGCAAGAGCUGUUGUACUUUUUGCUUCGCAGCGGUCACAGCCUCCGGCAGCUGCACGGCAGCUACACUGUAGGUCCUUUGAAUGAAUCGUUGCUGCAUUCAGUUUCCACUGCGGGCAAUGCUCUUGUAGGGGUCAAUGGCCCUGCGAUUGAGCCGGUAGACCCAUCGACAAGGGUGCGAUCUCUAGCUGCAGCAGCAGCUGUCCCUGGAAGGGCUAAAUGCGAGCAGAGACUUGUUUGUGGGGGAUUUUUUUCUGCGGCCUUGGCGGCCGCUGAUGCCAUUCUAAAUCCACAAGUAUUCACUCUUCCACAAUCAUGUGAUUUGCCGGUUUCGGUUGCACCCACUGCCGGUUUCGUCGGACGAACAGCAACAGGAAGUGCUAGCGAGCCGACAAUAGGUGACAAGCCGGUUUAUACUGCAAUGGCGAACUAUGCAGCGCUAGCAUCCGAGGCUUCAGACAGUGCUUUUGCUGCAGCAGCGGGUCUAUGCGCAGCAACAGGAGAUGGUUGCCGUCACAUGGGGCACUGCCCAAACGAGUGCUGUGUUGUUCCUUGUGCGUGGGGCUCUGAGGAAAAGCUGCUGCUGGUACUGUUGCCGGAGCUUCGGGUCGCAAGGUCUGCGGACUUUUUGCUGUUGAGUUUCUUGUUGCUGCCAAGACUCGAGGAGUUAAGGCUUCCCGAAACAUGGGGUUCAGUUCUCAGCAAACCAAUACCAGGUUUCCCGCUUCUGUGGGCAUACCUGUGCACCUACGGACGCAGCCUCCGUGCGCUGGAUGUAAAAGGGACGGCCCCCCCACUUGCGGCAUUUCUAGGGGCUGGAACGGCCGCCCAUCCACAGCCAUUUCACAUGCUGCCUUUUGAGGCUGUAGCGACCAAGGCUCUUCAGCGCUUAUUGCUUGUUCAUCGUGCCCACCCACUUAUGAACCCUGCAAAUCUCAUGAAGACCAUCAACCCCGCUUUCACUUGGUCAGGUAGUGCGUCGUCGACUGCAGCAGCUGCUGGAGGCGUCAGCGCGGGAAUCGCAGAGCUUGCUGCACGUACAGUUGCUGAUAUCUGGCAGCGUCGCACCACUUCAAGUAGGCAGCAGCGAUGGCAACUAGCUCACCAGGACCUGAACUGUGUGGUGGGGCAGGGUUGUGGCUGUGCUAAGGAGCUUGUUGAUGCAGAGAUUCAUCCACCAAUUAGCAAGAAGCUUCCUUACGCACCGCAUUCAGGUGUCUGCAGCUGUGGCUCAACCGAAGGAGUUAUUGACGCUUUGAGACGAGAUGGUAGUAGCGCGAAGCCCCUGUUUGGCCUGAGGUUUGGACAGCUGAAACAUUUGCAGUGCCACUCGAGCUUUCUUCCCUACUUGGCAGAGCCGCUUCCGCAGUGUGGGUCACUGCAGAGUCUAAGCACAGAAGGCGACUCGGACUCCAUCGCGUGGUUUGUUGCUACGCUAACUGACAUUGAAAGGCUUUGCGUAAGAGACCCCUGCCUAAAUCCCUCCCGGCGGCGGUCUAGGGUUCCUCCUCUGGUUCCCCUGGAAACAGAGGAGGACGGAAACCCGAGUUUUAGAAGCUACCCGGAGGUCACUCUGCAUAUUAGGAAAUACACCGGCACUUCUCUCUUCUUCACGCCAAGCUUUUCGUGUCCCAAUCUUCAAGAACUUCAGGUGCAGCGUGGAGAUGAUGACUUUGACUCAUUCUUGGCUGGGGGAGGGGCCCGUAAUUUGCAGGUUCUACGGGAGUUGCACGUAUACACCCUCGAUGCAAGGGUGCUUGUCCGUCUUGCCUUGUCAGCUGCUUCUGCUGUGAAUCCGUUCCUUUCUUGCGCUUGGCGGCGCAUUAUUGACAACAGAAAGGCAGAAAGACUGCAGCAGCUGAAGCGAAAACAGCAACUUUGGAUGCAGCGUACACAGAAGCAGCGGGACAACGAAGCUAUCCGAUUGCUUGCACGCCAACGCCGGCUCUACGAAGAAUACAGCGCGCGGCGUCGACGAUUGAGACGGCUGUCUUCUGCCGUUGCCGCUCACCAAGAGCUGUUUGGAGACACUACCCAAGGCCCUCAAAGGUACCUGCAGCGCGAGAAUGACGAGACUCGAAGGCGCCUUACUAGUGAAGUGAUGUGCAUGCGGCACCAGCUCCAGCAGUUACAGAGACGCCUAGAAUCACUCGCUGCGGCUAACAUCAGCCAUUCCUCGAAUACCUCAGCACCGCAAGAGAACCAUCAGCUACAGCGCUACCAUCGGUUCAGCGAAGACCUUGAGCGAUUGAGGAGGCUCCAGAGCCACCAUCAGCGACUUGUAGCCCUGAGGCGACUCCUGCAACUAAAUGUGACAGAUUCAGCGUCGUACACAUUGGAUCCUCCGCCAGGUGUGAGCGAAUUGCGGCAGGCCAACGAGUCUGAAGCAGCAAGGCGCAGGCGUAGAGCCCAGCGAAGAAGGGAGGCUGACUUUGGAUGCAGCCGUAGCUGGUGCUUCUGGGACUGUCAUAGAGCCGUGGCUGCAUUGUCGCAGCUGCUGCCGCAGCUGCGUACUUGCGUUGUGCAACACCUUCGGGGAAAUGCAGCGUCGCUGCGUCUGUUGCUUCGGGGGCUGCCGCGGCUUGAAGUGUUCGCAGUGGCAGAGGAGCAGACAUCUCAACGGAGGCACCGGUUGUUGCAACUAGCACGCAACUUAGGCUUUACUGUGCGACGGGGUCCUCUAGUCAUUCCUGCUAUCCACAGUGACCUUGUCACUGUUUCCUCGAUUUCAAGACAGUUUUUGAUUUCCAGCCGUGGGCCAGCUGGAAGGAGAGCAUCGGCGGCUUCGGUGGCUGCAGCUGAUUUGCUUGUGCAUGAAUUACUAGGGCGUCUAGCAAGCGACUCUCAAGGGCACAGACCGCCUGUCCCCCAGGCCCACACAGGAGAUACCUCAGUCUCCAGUACCGCGUAUUCCCUUCCUCCAACUUUGUCCUGUGGUAGAGGGUCAGGGGCUUCUGGUUGUUUGGCCGCCAAGGGACCUAUUGUGGCAGGGGUCGAGGCUUUGACACUUGAUAAGGAACCUUUGGCGUCUAGCAGCAGUUGCGAACGUCAACGUGUAACUGGCUUUGGUAAACGCAACAGAUGCGCUACAGAUGAAGUUCUUUCGCAAGCAGAAACAGGUGCAUCCACCCUGCGGAUUGCAGGAAGUGCUCGUACCAAUCAAGCCAACUCCCGACGCCUUUCUCUCCGCUGUUUGAGGUGCUCUAUCUACACAAGGAAACGUGCACAGGAAACCGAUUCUAUAUUUACCCCCUCUACUUCUAAGAGGCGCCGCCGAAGGCGUGCAGAAGACAGAGAGACAGCCGUUGGCGCUCGCCAAGACAUGCAGAUGGCACGGGGUCUGGCGGAAGAGCUUGAGGAACAGCUCACGAGUUGA